AAACACAAUAAGAUCUUUCUGAAUAGAAUUGCUUGCUUUUGCAUUUGCAGUUGUUAAUUUGAAGUUAAUCGUAAACUAACGCUAUUGCAUUUGCGAUAAUAUUUAUUUUGUAUCGGAGUUUUACAAAAAUUAUACACACGUUGUACAUUAUCGUGUUUUUCGUUGAAGACCUGCAAUAGCGUGUUCUGCAUGACCAUUCGAGAGAGAUUUGACGGACUAUUAUCUCCAUUCGAAAAAUAUUGUCCGGAAAAUGUCGCACUACAGGGACGAAUACGACGACGGGGACAUCAGUGAAGACGGCGAAAUCCGGACGCGCACCGUGAAAAGCAAGACGAGUCGGACGCUUGAAGACGUUUCAGACAACUCGGACGCAGCUGACAGUCUGGACAUUCGGCCUCCGCAGGCGAGCGUCCCAAGCAAAGAGCACAUGAAGCGAUCGCGGGGUGAUCGGGGCCACUAUGGCGGUGGCGCCGACAAGAGCCGGCGCCAGCGGAAGGAAUCUCACCGCAAGGGCCACCACCGGCAGCGCGAGCAUCGCAGGGCGGAGCGCGAUGCCAGGGACAAGGGCGGCAGUCGGAGCCACCGCGGCGCCGAGCGUCGCGACGACCUUGGCCGCGGCGGCAGUCGCAGGGACGCGCUCUCUGGCCCUCCGGCGCUCAUGUCGCUGCAGAUCGACGACCUACGCGGCCACCUCGACCGCAAGAACGAGAAAGUCCGCAACGAGGCCAGGCGGGAAAAGCCGCCUCCGGAGGUGGAGCCGCGGAAGCCGCCCCCGGAGACGCCCCAACAGCGUGAGCAGCGGCUCGAAAAGGAGCGACGCAUGGAACGGCUGCUCAAUGCCGGUGCGCAUAACUUGAUAUCAGAACGCGAGCGUGAGAGACAAAAGGAAAUUUCCAGGCGCGAAAUGGAAAUCCGUAAGUCGCGGAGAGAAACGGAUGUAGUGGAAAAGGACAGAACCCGCAGUCGCAGUAGAGAAAGCAAAAGAGCCAAGAUUGAGGAGGGAAAAGACGCCGCUCCUGAGGAGUUUGUAGUGUCGGACAGCGAUGACGAUGAGUCUCAAGAAGAGGGAGAGGAUCAGUCGGAGGCAAGCAGCAGUAAUAAGUUGAAAUCUUUAAUUCAGGGCGCUGAAGAGGAAGAGGAGGAAUCCAGCGCUGAGAGUGAGAGUGCGUCAGGGUCUUCAUCCAGCUCUUCAGGAAGCAACGAGGAUGAUGAUUCGGACAAUAAAGAAGAGGGUAAGAAAAGUGAUAAGUCUGAUGAGGUUGAAGAAGAGGAAGAGGAGGAGGAUCCCAAAGAGGACGACACUGCUCUAGUCAACACACCUCCCAAGUCAGACGUGGAGAUGCUGGAAGAGGACGAGGAAUUGGACGCGUUGUCGCGGUUACCGCCAUACCUGCCGGCCAUCCAGGGCUGCCGCAACGUGGAGGAGUUCCAGUGCCUGAACCGCAUCGAGGAGGGCACCUACGGCGUCGUCUACCGCGCCAGGGACAAACGCACUGACGAGAUCGUCGCGCUCAAGCGGCUCAAGAUGGAGAAGGAAAAGGAGGGCUUCCCGAUCACCUCGCUCAGGGAAAUCAACACGCUGCUCAAGGCGCAGCACCCCAACAUCGUCACUGUGCGCGAGAUCGUCGUUGGCAGCAACAUGGACAAGAUCUUCAUCGUCAUGGACUACGUGGAGCAUGACCUCAAGUCUCUCAUGGAGACGAUGAAGCAGAAAAAGCAGUUCUUCACGCCAGGCGAGGUGAAGUGUCUGAUGCAGCAACUGUUGAGAGCGGUGGCGCAUUUGCACGAUAACUGGAUCCUGCACAGAGACUUGAAAACUUCCAAUCUUCUGCUGAGCCACAGAGGAAUCCUCAAGGUCGGAGACUUUGGUCUCGCCAGAGAAUACGGUUCUCCCUUGAAGGCCUACACUCCAAUCGUGGUGACGCUGUGGUACCGAGCGCCGGAACUCUUACUCGGAAUUAAAGAAUACUCCACUCCAAUUGAUGUCUGGUCCGUCGGCUGCAUUUUUGGCGAGCUUCUGCUGAUGGAGGCUCUCUUCCCAGGAAAGUCAGAAAUAGAUCAGCUGAACAAAAUUUUCAAAGCGCUUGGAACGCCAAAUGAGAAGAUUUGGCCCGGCUACAAAAAGCUGCCUAAUGUGCAGAAAAUGACCUUCGCCGAAUACCCUGUUAGUCACCUGAGAGCAAGGUUUGCCACUUCCCUCACCGAGACUGGAUUCGACUUGAUCAACAGCUUUUUCACAUUUGAUCCGGCGAAGAGAAUAACAGCAGAAGCGGCGAUCAAGCACAAGUACUUCGACGAGACUCCCUGCGCGAUCGACCCAGCAAUGUUCCCGACGUGGCCCGCGAAGAGCGAGUUGGCCCACAAGAAGGCCGCCUCGUCGCCCAAGCCGCCGUCAGGAGGCCGAGAGUACAAGCAACUGGUAUUGCAAAAUCGAGCCAAUCUCGGAGGUUUUCUAAACUAUGAUCCAUUUGCGCAGCGCGACGCAGAGGAAGAGUUGAGCUCGGUUGGCAGAAGUUUGUUUGAGGGCAGAAAGUCUGUGGUUGGUGCUGGCUUCAAUCUCAGGUUUUAGUACGGGGGCGAAGGCAAAGUUGAAAGAAGGAGAAAUAAAGACUUGAAAUGGAAAACGCA